AUGUCUACAACUAUUUCGAUUCCAGCUAACGCUUUCGGUGGCUUGUCCACCCAGCCCCUCGAGCUCACUUUCAGCGCCGAGGAACUCAACGACUUCUUUACCCAGUAUGCGAAGUCCAAGUCUAGCCCUGAGGCUAGUGCCCUUUUCCAGUCCAAGGUGGACGAGGCUGCUGCUUCUCACCAAAAGACUACCGUGAUCAAAAAGAACGAGCCUUCUCAGGCCUUCUUUGGCGACCACGCUUUGUAUGAGAUUCCACUUCUCAACGACAGCGACAUGAAGACUCUUGAUAAUCUUCAGCAUUGCUGCGACACUCAGAACGACUUGAACGAGUCUGAUUCUGAGUCUGACGAGGAAUUUGGGUUGGAGAUUAGCGUCCCAACCAGCAGAGGCAGCCUCUCUCGAAACCGCAGUGAAGCUACUCCAACUCAGACUGAACCAGCCAACCUCCAGGUGGGCUUCUUGUCGCCCUACCACAACUUCAUGAAGCUUUUGAAGCUUUGUGACUUGUACAAGUCCAGAUACCCCACUCUUCCCCAGGUAUCCAGAGCAGUGGACUUGUGCUACACCCCCAUCUUCCCCAUCGACAUUUUGGAGAUUCACAAUGGUAGAUUCAACCUUGUGGCUCCAAAUGCUCCCCCAGCUGCUCUGAAGAAGUUCCAGCGCUCUAUUCGCAGGGAAAAGAGAGAACUUCUUUGUUUGACCAAGACCUUCAAGGUCCCCGAGUUGGUCCAUCCAGGAUUGGUCCAAGAGGUUCCAAUGGAUACCUCCAAGCAGGUGGCCAAGAUGGGCCCCAACUUCACCAAGCUUUUGCAGCUUUUCGAGUACUACCACUCGUACUGGAAGCACCUUCCCCAGGUGAAGAAGGCCGUCUUUUACACCUCUGCUACACCAACUACCUGCGUGCUUGAUGAUACCAAAAUAAUCCUCAUCAAGGACCCUUUCCCACCACGUGUCGAGGUUAUCGAGACCUCCGACUUCAGAUCAACUUCCCCUCUGGAGUCCGACAGAGCCAAGGCUCCCUCUUUGACAUCUCCCCUGUCACAAGAGGUGGAGCAGGUUGAAUUCAAGGAACCUGCUACUUUGCUUUCUCCACCCAAGGUUUGUGUUUCGGAGCUUCCUGCCCCCGAGAGGUCGCCAGUGCCUCAGCAGAGAAGCUGCCGGAGAAACACAAAGAGAAGAAGGCAGAAUCUCCCCGGCUUCAAGAGAAGACAGAGAAGAAGACGGAACAAGAAGCCUGCCUGUGCCUAUGUUGUGCACGGCCCCUGA